AUGGGCCAACCCGAUUUUGAAUUCUCAACCAGCUCAACAGAUGGCUGUCCUACGCCCACUUCUUCUACUAGAGCAGAUGCCACGUUUACCAAUGAGAAAGACGCCGAUAGUCUCUUCAGUACAUGUUCACACAUGGAGCACCAUCCCAUAGCCAACAGACCAUGCAUGAUCCGCACAAAGCAAGCGCCACACCGUUAUCUUAUUCUCGUAGAUGGCAAGUUAAGACUGGUGGGGAGCGAUGAGAUCAGAGGAGGCUGGCUCUGGCACUGCUUGAAGAACCGUGGAUGGUACGGCUUUCGCAAUACCGCCUCUGGCACAUACCUCGGACACGACGGGUGCAAUGAUUGGUGCAGUAGUAAAGCAAAGCUUCUCGCAAAUGCGUCUCACCAUAAGAUCGACGAACAUUUCAUGCCGGAUAGGCAAAUCAAUGGCGGGUAUACUCUUUUAGCCCGGAAGGGUGAUCGACUGCUGCCGGUAGUCCUUUCGGAGUCCGAUAGUUUGAAGCUCGGGCCGGCAGAAGAGAAGAACGGGACGGCGUGGGAGUUCAUUGAUACCAAGUUUAUUAGCACAUACAUCGAGGUCACGAGCGACGCUGAGUAG